AAAAAGCAGGAGCUUCUGUGGGUGUUGGGGGAUGGGAGCGGGUCUCAGGCUACUGGGUUGAUGUUUCAGAGGGGAGCGUUUCUGCGCCUGCUCCAUAGAAGAGUCUGUGCAAGGGGCAGGGAGCAGCGGGCGGUGGUAAAAUCCACAGUUCCUACCCACUUGGCAAGGCAGAUCCACUCCCACGGUGUUCCACUGAAAGCAGCGAGCUGGGUUCCAGUCAGGCUGUCGCCGGAACUCGCGGCUGCCGGGAGUCACAAGCUUUCCCCGCAGAGACCGCAGUCCGGGCGUUCAGGCCACGCCCCUCCCUGCCCGCUGCAAAGCCCCCGUGGCUCCUGCGAUUGCAGUUUCUGCACCCACGACUCCUGCACCUGUGGCUCCUCCACUUGCAGCCCGCUUUUCACCCUCCACCGCCCUGGCCCUGGCCAAGGAAGUUCGUCCCCACCCGAGGUUGUAUUGUAACCCCGUUGGGAGCUUCUUUGAACCUGCAGCCAGCGCCUGAACUUCGUAGCUGGUCGCAAGGCCUCCCGUGAGCAACGGAAAGGAGGUAGCACGGAAUGGCCCAGGGCCUUUUCUUCCUCGAAUUCUGCAGAACCCUGUGAUCUCCUCAGUCUGCCCCUCCAGGAAGAGUGAAGCCAGCGUCCAGCCCCAUCCAGCCCAGCCCAGCUCUAUAAAGGAGCCUCUCAGGCAGCCACCCCUGGGAGUUUCAGCUCUGUGCCCUCUUCGGCCAUGAACCUCCAUCUUUCUGCGUUACUCCUCCUCCUGGUGAUCUUACUGCCUUCAGGACAAGGUAUGUUUGGGAAUGAUGGAGUCAAAGUUCGCACCUGCACUAACCAGCAGGCCGUCUGCUUCUUCGGGUGUCCACCAGGAUACAGGUGGAUUGCGUUCUGCCACAAUAUUCUGUCUUGCUGUAAAAAUAUGACACGUUUUCGACCCCCACAAGCCAAAGAUCCAUGGUCUCAUUAA